AUAAUAUUUGCUAUCGACUUGUUUGGCACACGAUUGCGGCGGAAUUUUAGCGAGCGGAGGAAAAAUCGCCAGAAAAAUAGCUUCGACUCUCCAGCCUACCAGACUCAAAAGCCUCAGCAUUGUCCACCACGACUCUUUGAGGAAAAUCCGACAAUAAUCAACACUACAGACAAAAUGUCGGACGGAGAAGAGACCCAAUCUAACCCCCCCGUCGCCGCCGACGAGGUCGAGGUCAGCGCUGAUGCCGGCACCUCCGGCCAGAUGUCCGUCCUCGACGCUCUCAAGGGCGUCCUCCGCAUCUCGCUGAUCCACGACGGUCUUGCCCGUGGUCUCCGUGAGGCCGCCAAGACUCUUGACCGUCGCGAGGCGCACAUGUGUGUGCUCAACGAGGGCUGCGAGGAGGAGGCUUACAAGAAGCUGGUUGUUGCGCUUUGCUCGGAGCACAAGAUCCCCUUGAUCAAGGUUCCUGAUGGCAAGAUGCUCGGCGAGUGGGUUGGUCUUUGUAUGUUUUCCCCUGUACCUCCGGAGGAUUGGCUUGAAUUAGUGGGGAAGUAUGAUGCUAACAGGUUUUGCUGUGUAGGCCAGCUCGACCGUGAGGGUAACGCCCGCAAGGUCGUCAACUGCUCUUGCGUUGUCGUCAAGGACUGGGGUGAGGAGUCGCAGGAGCGCUCUGUCCUCCUCAACUACUUCCAGACUGAGCAGUAAGCGCCUCGCUUGCUCGGCGGUGACUCGGUGGAUUAUGAUGUGAUGGGUUAUGGAUAUAUAUGAUGGGGUUGAAUGGGACUGGGAUGGAUUAGUUUUCAGGCUCGGUCCUGUUUUUAUCUUGUCGACGAUUUAUUUGGAUUGUCUGUCUGUAGCCCGUCUAUCGAACAUUGGGUUUGUGCGUGUCAUGAUGAGUGGCAUUGCAUGUUUACAAACAAGAUUUUUUUUCAUGAACGAACUAUUGUUCUAUGAUCGUA